AUAAAUACAGUAUUAUUGGAUUUGGUAAACUCACCAACCAAACCAAAUAAUUUCAGUGACCAAAUUUACUCUCUCACACACACAAACACACCUGUCUCCUUCUUUCAAAGACACGCUCAACAAUGGUGAGAGGUUCUUCUCAGUCACAAUCCUCAUCCUCCCCCAACUCCCGCCCUGGCCUCGUGGCUCCUCGCGGCUCAGCUGCAGCCACAGCUGGAAUUCGCCGCCGCCGACCUGGAGCAACUACUGCCAAAACAACCUCCACCGGUCACGGCGGCGGAGGAGCUACCAAUUUGCUGAGAUUCUACACCGAAGACGCUCCCGGUUACAAGAUCGGUCCGACUAUCGUCCUCGUGAUCAGCCUCUGCUUCAUCGGCUUCGUUUCGGCUCUUCACGUCUUCGGUAAGCUUUACCGGUCUUAGAUUCGAUCAUGCGAAAUCGGAUCAUCUCAUGGAUCGUAUAAGGUGUUUCAGUCUUCUUUGCUCUGUAAAAAUGGUGUUAGGGUUUUAAUUUUAGUUUGGUGUUUUUAGAUAUUUUGGGAUAUUUUGAUCUGAAGCUAAUUAAUUAAUUAACUAAUGAGUUUUGUAUUUGGGUUUUAUUAUCUUUAAUUAAUUUAUAUAUCAUAGUUUUAAUUAAUUUUCUCUUUA